UUACUUACGAGGAACAUUUUCAGUUCGUCAACAUGCACGCGUUCAGGGCAUUCCUACUUGUGGUGGUGAUUCUCGUUGGGGCAUCGGAAGGUCUAUUCGUGAAGAAGCUUCUGUUGAAAAAAGCUGCGGCGGUUAAGGUCGGUUUUUUGGCUGACGUGAAAGCGGCGGCGCUGAAAUUCAAGGCGGGAGCGGCUCUGAAGAAGGAUGCGAUUCUCGGUGGUUUCAAGGCAAUCGGAAAAGCAAAAUUGGGAAUAAUCGGCGGUAUCAAAGCGGCGAAGUUGAAAGUUUUGGGGGGUAUAGCGGCCGCGAAAUUGGCAAAACUUGCCGCGAUCAAGGCCGGUAAACUCGCGUUCGUCAAGACCUUGGCAGCUGUCAAAUUGGCGCCCCUCGUAGCUAAGAAAUUGGCGGCGGGUGCGGUAAUCGGAAAGGGCGCCGCCAUCGGCGGAGGACUUCUCAAAAAAGGAGAACUACCGAUCCCAAAGAAAGAAUCCGGAAACCCGAUCCUCGACGGAGUCACCGGACUUAUCGGAGCUGCCUCACCUUUCCUCGGCGGCGGGAACGGCGCCAACCCCCUCGGCUCUCUGGGCAGUUUGGUACUCGGGGGAAUAACGUCGGCCCAAGAAAACAACCAGAAACUUGACCUCGCCAGUCUCCUCGGCAACGUGGGAGGACUUUCAGCGUUGAUACCUCAGCCUGGAAAGCCAAAUAUCAACAUUCAAACUUAUCAGGUCAACCCGCCGAUCCAAUCUUACGUGCAACACGCUCCUCUACCACCUGUAACCAGCUACGGAGUUCCUGUACCUUAUUACGGACCACCUGCCACAAGUUACGGAGUCCCACAGUAUUAGAAUUAAUUUUUGUUACCCCUACUUUCCUCCUCCUAUGGCACUAUUGCCACGCGAUUUGUAAAUAAAGUCUAUUUAACAUAAGAUUGAAUAUCGUCUGAUGUUAUUUCUGGUUCUGUGUAUAAUGGGAUUUUAGGAUUCUGUUCAAUAUAUCUAUGGUUCUACACUCUCUUCUUUGCCUUCUUUCGUCAUUUUAUUUUUAUUUUUAUUUUUAUUUUCUUCUCGUUCUCUCUGCAACAGUCGAUUGAUUGUUCCAUUUUUUAUACUUUGAUAUUGCGUCGUACCUGCAACGAUACGGUCAUUUUUUAAUUUUCGAUCGAGUGGUUCCGGAGAAAUCACCGCCGCCGACCAGGAAAAUGUAGUUUUGAGAUAAACGCGUUCAAAGUUUUUUCAAAAAAAGGCUCAGAUAGUCCAAGUAGCAAUAACGUACAUGUUAAAAAAUAACAAUUGAAUAUAAUGUACUUUCGGAAACUGAAAAAAAAAGAGAGAAAUAAAUCGAGUUUUUGCAAAUU